AUGGCGACGGCAAAGGAUUUACAGGCACUGCUUCGUUUCCUAACGCAGGAUGCCAGAAUACCCCUCGCUACUGCUAUUAGCAAGGCUAAGGGCUUACAAGAAGCCAAGCUACUAAAUCCAGAAGAUAUUUCUAGAGCAAAGUUGACGGCGGUCCAAUCAGUUUUUACAGAAGCCAAAACAGCAAGACAAGUGUGGAACGCGGCGAAAAGGGUUGUCAAAAGGCGAGCUACAGAAGAGGAGAAGAAUGAUGGCAUGGUAACAGCAUCAUCUGUAUCAUCACCUUCGAAGAAACGGAAAGCAACAGUUGCAGGGCUUGACAUGACUCCUCAGCAGCUGGAAGAGUCACUUACGCUGCCCGUAAGUACAGAUUUGGAAAGGAUUUCUAAGACGGUGAUUGUCACCAAUCGAGCCCCACUAGUGUUAGCAUUUGCAGUCAUGUCACUGAAGUACACAAUGCCCGAGCAGCCGUUGUCCAGCAGACUAAGCCUUGCCCAGGCUGUGGUGAGCGCAAACAGUCGCACGAAGGCUCGCAGUCUGGGUAUAAUAGAUACGGCCGCUCCCAGCGCUGAGGACGCUGGAUGGGCACAGGGUCAGCCCACGGUCAAGGUACUGGGGAGGAGUAUCAGCGUCCUCCGACGGGUAGGGUACGACUGGGACGACGAAAAGGGAGAAACUGCAUCUGUAUCACCACCAAGUAUCGGAUUUGAUAGCAAGGAAACGGUGCCAGAGGGAGGUAGCAGCAAAUCCCCGCACGCCGAGACGGGUUCCCCUGCACACAAAUCGAACGUGCUAUCACCCAAAGAAGACAAUGACGACGACAAUCUCCCAGCCCUAUGGGGUCUGGACUUGGAGGGUGAUCGUAAAUCGAGCGACGGGCGCCAGCACAGCAGAUAUGGUGGGUACGACGGCGGAAGUCGAAGCCAGAGCACGCACCUCCCUGUAUUCAGAGCUGAGCCAGCCCGAGACUACCUGCUCAGGUCGUUUUCUGAGCACAAGCACGAGCACGAGCACGACCCAAACCAGCCGGACAGCGUGAAAAAGGCCAAGGAGAUUGCUCUCAGUUUGCUACUUGGCGCGAUCGAUCAUGUUUGCCAGUCAUGGGCGCCAACGCUGAGCCGAGACGAAUUGGAUAAACAUGUCUGGAGAUGGUACAUCGCCGUGCGGCCAGAAGUCGAGGGUGGCAUCUCAGGAUGGGGCCAGAAGGGAAAGGUCCAUUUAUCUGCGAUCCUUGAUUUGAAGAGAAGAGACCGAGAUGAAAUGCGUGUGUUUUAG